GGAGGCUUCAGGAGUGCGUGACGUCACGAGGCACCAGUACGCAGGCGCUGGAUUGAUUCUGUCCCCGCCGGUGUCGCCGCAGAAGCGUUCGCGUCGCCACGGCAACCAAUUUAAAUACAGGACGCUCUAGGUGUGGUUUCUAUGUCACUUCCGCUGCCAAGAUGGCGGCGCCAAAGGGGAAGCUGAAAGCUGCAGUCCCGCUUCGUUGCUAGGAUGGAUUUCCUGGUCCUCUUCCUGCUUUACCUGGCACUGGUCCUGCUCAGCCUCCUCCUGCUCUGCAUCUAUUCUGCAAGGAAGCAAAGCUUCCCCUCAAGAUAUUUCACUAGAGUCACACAGACCAUUUCACAUAUAAUCCCAGCCCAGGUUCAAGGAGCUGUUCAUAGGGUGCUUCAUGGACUCUUCUAUUCCAGGCUAUUUGUGGCCCUGCACCUGGCCCUGGAGGUUUUGGUGUUUGGUGAAUUCACCUGGGAAGUGUUUGGCUAUUGCAAGGAACUAGAAUUCAGCACUCCUUCUCUCCUCCUGCCUUACCUUUUGCUGAUCGUGAACAUGGGCUUCUUCAUCCUCUGCUCCAGGACUGACCCAGGCGCCAUCACCAAAUCCAACCAGGCCCAGUUCCUCCAUGCAUAUCCCUACGAUGGCGUGAUGUUUGAGACAGGUGCAGAGUGCAUUACCUGUAAAGUGAAGAAACCUGCCCGGUCAAAGCAUUGUGGAGUGUGCAACGGCUGCGUGCAUCGCUUUGACCAUCACUGCAUCUGGGUCAACAACUGUGUCGGUGCCUUCAACAUCAAGUACUUCCUGGCCUACGUGCUCACUUUGACCUCCAUGGCUGCCUCCAUCGCUGGUUUGACAGCUGCUUUCCUCAUCCAGGUAGUCCUUUUGUCAAACCUGAUGCAGGGACAUUAUACCGAUGUCCAUGGAGAAGAGCACCCGGUUGAUGCCUCCUUCCUAAUUCAGCACCUUUUCCUGACCUUCCCAAGGAUCGUGUUCAUGCUCGGCUUCGUGGUCCUCCUCUCCAUUAUCCUGGCUUCCUACUUCUGCUUUAUUCUGUACCUGGUUAUGACCAACCAGACGAGCAAUGAGUGGUUCAAGUCCUCAAGAUUCAAGCACAGAAGCUACAGGAACAUUUACUCCAGAGGGGUCUGGAGCAAUAUGGUUGAAAUUGCCAGGCCUCUGACCAGCCCUACAAAGAAGAGAAGGUGAGGAGCCCUGAACAUUAAAUGGAUUCUACACAGAUCCUUCUGAAAACAGCUCAAUCGGAGCACAAUGUGGCUGGUUUGCAAGGGCUUCAAAAGUCAGGUAUGCCUCAUGUUAUUUGGCCUACUUUUUCUAUAAAUGGAAGUUGGUACUUUCUGCUGCUGUGGAGAUAUAGGAACCUAUGCCAAGAGACUUCAAGGCAGUGAAAGGGAGAAAUUGGAAGUAAAAUCAUGUUUAGGAUGUGGCCUGCUCUUGCUUUGAGCCAUGCUCGUCAUGAGAGCUAGAAACCCAAAGUUAAAUGUAAAGGCUCUUCAAAGACUUUUCAGAAUGCCCUUUCAUUUGCACAGAACACAAAGGUCCCUUUUAGAAAAGUGAUUACAUUAUUAAAGUUGGAAGAUGCCUCUUUUAUUACAUCAGACAGUAUAUAUAAAAUUAUACAUUAAAAAUUAUUUAUAAUCUUGGCUGUACAUCGUUACAAAAGAAACGUAUAGUGGCCUUUUUUGGUAAGUUCCCAGAGCAUUUCUCAAAAUAAUCUGUAAUACUAUGUAGAGUAAAGCGUUUUCAAACCUUCCUUUAAA